GGCUGGCGAGUUCCUAGCGGGGCUGGGGGUGGCCGGGUUCGUGGUCCCUCAGAGCUCUGCCUCCCCCUCGGGGUUCCCAAUCCCCCCCGGAGCGGGGCCGCUUCUCUGAGGGAGCGGGUGAGACGUGUUUCCGGUCUCCAUAGUCCAGAAGGGGAAACUGAGGCUCGGAGCUUGCGUGGCGUGCGGGGGGCCUCAGUUCCCCCCCUUAGACCAGGACGGGGUGGGCCUCGUUUGUAUGGGGCAGCUGAGAGGCCCCCAGAGGGGGAGGCCGAGGCCCGCGGGGAGGCCGGCUGCCCAGGGUUCUCCCGGGCCCUUCGCCCUGUACUGAGCAGCUGUGAUCGCAAGCUCCUGGAGGGCAUACAGUAGGUGUCUAAUCAGUGCUUACUGAUUGAAGAACGGCCCUGGGGCUUAGCAUGGAACAGGAACUAGCCGGCAUCUUAGCUUUCGCGGAGCUCUGGCACUUACCGGUGCUAGGGGGAGGGGCGUGGAGUCUCAGACCUGGGCUGGAGGACCUGAGUUCAAAUUUCGCGCCUCUGAUGUUUACUGGCGAGCUGUGUGAUCAUGGCUAACAUAACCUCAACUUCUUCCUCUGUGAAACGGGUCCCCUGACAGCUCCUGCCCCCCAGUGUUGUGUGAGCCUCAAGCGACGGUGUUUCUAAAAAGCACAUUUAAUAGAAGCCUUAUGAAUGUGUUCAGUGCCAUUUCCUGAGGAAGUGGGUAGCUGGGAAGGGUCUGCAGCCACAUUUGAACCUAGAUGACACCCCCUAGUGGACUUUGGAUAGAAGCAGUCUUUUGGGAACUUUCACCACACUGCCUCUGCUUUGCCCACAGUAGUCAGCUCUUAGCCCCACCACAUUGUUUAUGCUUUGCACACAGUAGGCAGCUUUCUGCUCCCUGACACUGCUAUACACAUAGUAGGCAGCUCUCCACUCCCCCACACUGCCUCUCUGUUUUGCACACAGUAGACAGCUCUCUGCACACAGUAGGCAUCUCUUUGCUCUCCCACACUGCCUCUCUGUUUUGCACACAAUAGGCAUCUCUCUGCUCUCCCACACUGCCUCUCUGCUUUGCACAUAGUAGGCAGCUCUCUGCUCUCCCACACUGCUUCUCUGCUUUGCACACAGUAGGCAGCUCUUAGCCCCACCACAUCGUUUGUGCUUUGCACACACAGUAGGCAGCUUUCUGCUUCCCCAUACUAUCUGCUAUACACAUAGUAGGCAGCUCUCUACUCCCUCACACUGUCUCUCUGCUUUGCACACAGUAGGCAGCUCUCUGCUUUCCCAUACUCCCUCUCUGCUUUGCACAUAGUAGGCAGCUCUCUGCUCUCCCAUACUACUUAUUUGCUUUGCACACAGUAGGCAGUUCUCUGCUCUCCCACACUGCCUCUCUGCUUUGCACACAGCAGGAAGCUCUCCAUUCCCUCACGCUGCCUCUCUGCUUUGCACACAGUAGGCAGCUCUCUGCUCUCCCACACUGCCUCUCUACUUUGCACACAGUAGGCAGCUCUUAGCCCCACCACAUCGUUUGUGCUUUGCACACAGUAGGCAGCUUUCUGCUUCCCCACACUAUCUGCUAUACACAUAGUAGGCAGCUCUCUACUCCCUCACACUGCCUCUCUGCUUUGCACACAGUAGGCAGCUCUCUGCUCUCCCAUACUCCCUCUCUGCUUUGCACACAGCAGGCAGUUCUCCCAUACUACCUCUCUGCUUUGCACACAGUAGGCAUCUCUCUGCUCUCCCACACUGCCUCUCUGCUUUGCACACAACAGGCAGCUCUCCAUUCCCUCACAAUGCCUCUCUGCUUUGCACACAGUAGGCAGCUCUCUGCUCUCCCACACUGCCUCUCUGCUUUGCACACAGUAGGUGGCUCCUGGAUGUAGCUUUGCAGGGAAGCACUUUUUCUGAGGUCAGAAGGCAGGAUUAGGGAAGAAGUGACCAGAGGUGCCUCUCACUCCUCCCACACUUGCUAUGGAUGGGGCUGCCAGUGGAGAGUGACAGGCAAGUCCCACCACUGUCUCCCUCAGUUUCCUUAUUAGGUUUUUGUGGGGAUAGUCCUAGCCCCUGGUCCCAGAGUUGUGCGAGGAUUCAAGGAGGCUAUAUUUUGCCAGCCUUAAAGCAAGAUGGAGAUGCCAACUGUGGAGGACCCGGAGGGAGGCUGUCGAGGGGAUUCUUGGGAGGGCACGGCUGGGCUGAGAGCUUGGCCAGCUCUCCUGUGUUCUGCAAGGUGACUUUCUGCCCCCGCAGGCCUUCACGGAGCUGGGCCAGCCCCCAGCGCUCGCUCUCCCCGACAGUUGCAGCUCUGCGUUCCGAGGAGAGACAGGGCCCGGACCUGAACUGCCGCUGUGUGACAGAGAGGGGGUAGAGGCCCCUGGGCCUCCCAGAGAGUGGGGACAGUUGGCUGCUGGCCUGCUCUUGCGUCCUGCGGAGAACCGGAGGGACCGGAGCCAUGGCCUCGUCCAAAAGGCCCGAGGGCAGGGGCUCCCGAGAGGGCAGGGGCUCCCGAGAGCCUAGGGACUCCGAACACUGGGACUGGGGCUGCCCAGAGACCCGGAGCCAGCUGGAAGAGAUCUUCUUCGGGGACCAGGACGUCAUCCGCCGGGGUUCGGACGAGUGCCACAAGUUCUGGGCCUUUUUUGACCGCCUACAGACUUUCCAGAAGCUCAAACCUGGUCCAGAGGGCGAGCGGCCAGCCGAGGCCCAGGUCCCCCAGGGACCCGAGUGCCCGGCCCUGGCUGACCUCCCUGCCACUUACGACCCUCGCUACCGCAUCAACCUGGCCUUGCUGAGUGGGGAGGGCGAGCCCGGCCUGGGGCAGCGGGGGACCCGCAGCCGGCUGCCUCGCCACCGGCUGGCAGAGUUCCGCCGGGCGCUCCUCCACUACCUGGACUUUGGACAGAAGCAGUCUUUUGGGAAGCUGGCCAAGCUGCAGCGGGAGCGGGCAGCACUGCCCAUGGCCCGCUACAGGCAGCACCUGCUGCGGGCGCUCGGGGAGCACCAGGUGGUGAUCGUGGCUGGUGACACGGGCUGUGGCAAGUCCACCCAGGUGCCCCAGUAUCUGCUGGCUUCCGGCUUCAGCCACGUGGCCUGUACCCAACCCCGGAGAAUCGCGUGCAUCUCUCUGGCCAAGCGCGUGGGCUUCGAGAGCCUCAGCCAGUAUGGCUCCCAGGUGGGCUACCAGAUCCGCUUUGAGAGCUCGCGCUCGCCGGCCACCAAGAUCGUGUUCCUGACGGAGGGCCUCCUGCUGCGGCAGAUCCAGCGGGAGCCGACCCUGCCCCAGUACCAGGUGCUCAUUGUGGACGAGGUCCACGAGCGCCACCUCCACAGCGACUUCCUUUUGGGCGUCCUGCGCCAGCUGCUGCCCGUCCGCCCAGACCUCAAGCUCGUCCUCAUGUCGGCCACCAUCAACAUCAGCCUCUUCUCCAGCUACUUCAGCCACGCGCCGGUGCUGCAGGUGCCCGGGAGGCUGUUCCCCAUCACGGUCAUCUACCAGCCCAUCCCGAAGGAGGAGGUGCCGACCUCCAGGGCCGAGAAGCUGGACCCGCGGCCGUUCCUACGCGUGCUGCAGGCCAUCGACCACAAGUACCCCCCCGAGGAGCGCGGCGACCUGCUGGUGUUCCUCAGCGGCAUGGCCGAGAUCGGCGCGGUGCUGGAGGCCUUCCAGCCCUACGCCGCCCACACCAAGCGCUGGGUGGUGCUCCCCCUGCACAGCGCCCUCUCCAUCACGGACCAGGACAAGGUGUUUGACGUGGCUCCUCCUGGGGUACGAAAAUGUAUUUUGUCCACCAACAUCGCGGAGACCUCGGUGACCAUCGACGGCGUCCGAUUCGUGCUGGAUUCUGGUAAAGUGAAGGAGAUGAGCUUCGACCCCCAGGCCAAGCUGCAGCGGCUCCAGGAGUUCUGGAUCAGCCGGGCCAGCGCGGAGCAGCGGAAGGGCCGUGCCGGGCGCACGGGGCCGGGGGUGUGCUAUCGCCUCUACGCCGAGUCCGACUACGACGACUUUGCCCCCUACCCCGUCCCGGAGAUCCAGAGGGUGGCCCUGGAUGCUCUCGUCCUGCAGAUGAAGAGCAUGGGGCUGGGAGACCCCCGCCGCUUCCCCUUCAUCGAGCCCCCACCCGCCGCCAGCCUGGAGACGGCCAUCGCCUACCUGCGGGACCAGGGCGCUCUGGACGCCUUGGAGCACCUCACGCCCAUAGGGACCCUGCUUUCUCAGCUUCCCGUGGACGUGGUGAUAGGGAAGAUCCUGAUCUUCGGCUGCCUCUUGGACCUGGUGGAGCCCGUGCUGACCAUGGCAGCGGCCCUGAGUGUCCAGUCCCCCUUUGUGCGCAGCGCUCAAAACAACCUGGACUGCGGGACCGCGCGGAAGCCCCUGGAGAGCGACCGCGGGGACCCUUUCACCCUGCUCAACGCCUUCAACGCCUGGGUGCAGGUGAAAUCAGACCGCAGCGCCAACUCCAGGAAGUGGUGCCGCCGCCGGGGCCUCGAGGAGCACCUCAUGUACGAGGUCGCCAACCUGCGCCAGCAGUUCAAGGGGCUGUUGCAGGACCACGGGCUGCUGGCCCAGGCCAGGGUGACGCCAGGGGACAGCUACAGCCGCCAGCAGCAGCACCGGCAGCGCCGGGAGCUGUACCAGCUGAAGCGCCAGCACGAGGAGGGCGAGGGCAGGAAGCGGAAGGUGCUGCGGCUGGAGGCCCUGGAGGAAGGCGCCUCGAGCGACGAGGACGCGGAGGCGUCCAGCUCACGGGCAGGGGAGGGCACCUGCCACGUGGACAUCCAGGAUGUCAAGUUCAAGCUUCGCCAUGAUAUGGAUCAGCUCCAGGCGGCCGCCAGCUCUGCUCAGGACCUGUCCCGGGACCAGCUGGUGCUGCUGAAUCUCGUGCUGGGCCGAGGCCUCUACCCCCAGCUGGCCGCCCCCGACCAGUUCAACAGCUGCCGCAAGGACUCGGACCAGUUCUUCCACACCCAGAGCAAGCAGGGGGCCGUCCUUCACCCCACCUGUGUGUUUGCCAACAAUCCCGAACUGCUGCAGGGGGGCCAGGCCGAGGCCCAGGACAAGAGCCGAGAUCGGAAGGACGGCAUGAGCAGCGAGCACCAGCUCCUGGCCUUCGUUUCUCUGCUGGAGACCAACAAGCCGUACCUGGUGAACUGUGUGCGUCUCCCUGCCCUGCAGACGCUGCUGCUUUUUAGCCGGAGCCUGGACACGAAUGGCGACUGCUCCCGCCUGGUGGCCGACGGCUGGCUGCAGCUGCAGCUGGAGGGCAGCGAGAGCGCCAUGGGGCUCCUGUCGGCCGCUCUGCGCCUCCGCGCCCACUGGGAGGAGGCCCUGGACCGGCAGCUGGCCCGCCAGGCCCAGCCGCGAGGCGAGGAGAGGGCAGCCGCGGCCCUCAAGGCAGAGAGGAAGGCGGCGGCGGCGUUGGGCCGGGACCUGCUGGGCUUCAUGAGAUCCAAGGUGUCCUACAGCAUCCACAAGCUGACCGCCUUGGAGGCUCAGAACCUCUACGUGGGACCCCAGACCAUUGCGGCCGCCCCCCAGCUCCCGGGCCUGUUUGGGGAGGCAGCCUUGUCCCCAAACGACACCAAGGGGGGCUACACCGUCACAAGCUUCCUCACCUACAACUGCCUCAUGAGUGACACAGACUUGUACAGUGACUGCCUGCGCACCUUCUGGUCCUGCCCGCGCUGCGGCCUCUACAUGCCCUUCACCCCCAUGGAGCGGAUGUGCCACGAGAGCGCCUGUCAGGCGGCCCCCGAUGAGGGUGCCCAUGGGGCCAGUGAUGAGGAGGCCGACUCCAGCCGCCAGGCGUCCGCUCUGCGCAGGGCCUACCACUGUGAGCACUGCCAGAAGGAUUUGCUGCUCACCCCCACGGAGAUCCUCCGGCACCGCCGACUGCACGUGUGAGGGACCCCCAGGAGACCCCGAGCUGGGCUGGCGGCUCAGGGAGCCGGCCCUUGUACUCGGGGAAUAAAGUUGGCCUCCGCCUCUCCUCUGUCUCCGACCCCUCAUGCUGUGGCUGGGCCGGAUUCCUGGAAAGGUCCCGGGGGUCCUGUGCUCCAGGGCUGGCCCUUGAGGCCUGGAGUCUCUUUGCUGUCUUUCCCCGGCUGCCCCGUGGCCUGGUCUCCUGGCACGUUGGGGCCAGGAGGAUGCCGUGUCCUUUCAGCUCCCCGAGCUUCCUUCGGCCCCACGUCCAGGACUUUGGAGGCGUCACAUAGAGGGGAGAAACGUAGCCAGAUGGCCUCUCUGCCAACGCCCAAUGGACCGCCCGAAAGGGGGAGCCCCGGAGGGAGGACAAGAGUCAGGGAGGCUCCGGGACGGCCAGGGGAGCCACACUUGGUGGCCCUGAAAAGCCCAGCCACUGGCCCCACUUGCCUUGGCUCGGAUGGGGCCAUCGCUCCCAGAGGUCCUGGGGGCUGCUGCCUCUUCCGCAGAAGUGCCUGGAUCCCAGAUCUCGAGCUGCAAAGGACUCUGCAGGAGGGCACCGAGCCCCCCGGGCUGUCAGAGCUGGUGAAUUGGUUUGAUGGUAGAUGACCCCGGAAGAGCAGCCAGUUGUCCCGGUUGUGGCCGUGCCCCCUUCCUGAGGAGGAGCCCUUUGGGCAGUGCCACAGAUGCCAUCACCUUCCAGGCCCAGAGACAGUGGCUCCAUCAGCCCCCUCCUCAGGUGACAGGAGGCUGCAGAGCAUUCAGGGCUGGUCCUCAGUGCUCCCGGGCUAGCCUGGGCUCCCCAGCCUCCUGGUAAUCCUGCUGAAGCGCCAUCUUUGCUCACCCUCCCCGGCCCCAGAGUCCACAGAACCCAGAAAGGUGGGUAACUGUUCGAGGGCCUCGCUCACUGAAGGUCGGGAGAAGUCCUCUUAGGGCCACGCAGCUGGGCCGGCUUCCUGCCUCUGAGCUCCCGUCCUGUCAUCGGGCCCCAGGGUUCUCUGCAAAGUUCCUUCUUCCCAAAUGAGCGGCAGCGAGCCUGGCCCUUGUGCCCACAGGUGGGGGCUGACUUCGAGCCCCCAGGCAAGAGGAGAGAAGGCAGUGGCUCUGGGAAGCCUGGGAGAGGGGACACAGGAAGCCGCCCUGUUCUGCCUUAUUCUCUCCCUUCGGAUCUCGAGGACGGCUCGCGAGCACUGAGAAGGGAGCCGGGGCCUCCAAGCUUCGGGCCGGCUACGCCCAAAACGGGGCUGUGGGGACCGAGUGCGGUUUUGGGGCUUAUGGGGCAGGGUUCCUAGGCUGGAAGGUGAAGGCAGGAUUCUAGGUUCGGUCCCCACAAACCCGAGCAGAGCGUUUGCCGUCUUCAUGCUGUUCUUGGGAAAAGGGGCCGAGACAAGGAGUGAGACGUGAUGUACAUGUGGCUGGGGGACUCACAGCUAGUGUAGUGACUGACUCUCACGGAGAGAAGGUGCCAGGGGAAGGAUCCAAGGAUCCGCUUGGCCCCGGGCUAUUUUAGAUUCCUCCAUCGAUUCCUGGGGUGUGAAAAAGCAACCAAAAACCUUGGAAGAGAAACUGAUCACUUCCCAGCCAUGCAUCCGAAACCAAAGAGAGGGGCCGGGGCAAAAGGUAAAGUACGAGGGAUGGAAGCGCUUUUACCUGGACAAAAUCAAUGCGAGUAAGAAGGGAGGAGGUCGACUACGGGGGGGAAAAGUCUAUUGACUCUUCAGUUAGGGUCUGAUCCUUAAGCAACUAAUUUAUUUUUAAGGUUUUUGUAUUUUAUUUUCUAAUUACAUAAAAACAGUUUUUGCCAUUGUUUUUGUAAA